GUAGCUUUGGAGAAAAUUAGUAGAUUAUUGAAGGGGACAGCAUAUUCCAGUUCCCCGAGAGCAACCCUAUUUUUCGAGGCGAAACCAGGGAUAUAGGAUUACUCAAGAAGAACUGGAAUCUUGCUGUGUCUAUUUUAUACCAGUACAAACAAUGCAUCAAAAGACUAAUUAAUGUUGUCAUACAGAAACUAGACACUUUAACAUUAACUUCAACACGGUAUGGAUUCGGUUCGUUAUCUUCUGAGCAGUUUCUGUCUCCUGACAUUACUGUUGAUAUACACAGACUGUUGUGAUGACCAAAAUGCUUGCAACUGUACUGUGGUUCAAGGAACACUUUCCGCAGACUGCUCUAACAUUGGUCUCAAAAGCUCGCCUGUGUUUUGGCCGAACGUAACCAGCAUCAAUCUUAGCCACAAUAAAUUAACAUACUUACCUCAAGGGUCAACUCUUCCUUCUUAUUUAACUUUUUUGGAUCUUUCGUACAAUGAAAUAAAGCAUAUUUUAAACAAAACAUUCAAGGGACUAUGGAGGCUUUCUGAUCUUCGAUUAAAUGGUAAUAAACUUGAAGUGCCUGUAAAUCUAGAUAGGAACGUUUUUGCAGACUUAGAGAACAUAAAGCACCUGGAUUUGUCUAACAAUCCCGAACUCACUUUCCGGAUAAUGCCGAUCAUAACAUACGGGUUAAGAAACUCUCCAAUUGAAAUUCUUCGCUUAAAUAAAAUCCAUUGUACAUUUGGGCCGAGUACAGAACUCAGGGUAAAUGAUUUGAGAUAUCUUAAAAACACCACCCUAAAAGAACUCCAUAUAUCGAGCAAUAGGCUGGAAAUAGUCGAAGAAAGAGCUGUAGGCUAUUUGCCUCAAACAAUUAAAAGAGUGUCGAUUGCUGAUAACAAAAUCACAUUUGGAUUGUAUCUUUUGGAACUCUUCUUUCUAAAAAAUUUAGAAUGGAUCAACGCUACUAUGCAACAUAUGUCCCACAAUCCUCGAGAAGUUUUGAAGUCAUUUUUCGUCUUCUCGUGUAACAACAAGAGAAGAGACAAUUCAGAAGAAUCGACUUCUGAAACAGCAAACAUGCCCUUGAGAUAUCUGACCAAUUUUCAGAAACAAGAAUUUUCUUCCGCAAGAAUGAAUUAUACUUUUCCAGUCCCAUAUAAUUUGAAAACAUUGUUCAUUAAUAAGAUCGGACUUGGAUAUUCUAUUCCAGAGAUGAGAUUUACUAGAAAUAAUAUAGAAAAUUUAUAUACGCAAGGUAACAGUCUACGGUCUUGGAUCGGUCCAGUUAGGUCUCUAGAAAAUCUUAAAAGAUUGGAUAUGUCGAACAACUUUUGCACUUCUGUGUCAGAUUACUUUUUUCAACAUUUAAAUUCAAUUGUCGAAUUAUAUUUGAACAAUAAUUUGUUGGGAUUUAGUCUUGCUUCAGAUAGAGAGGGGAAAAUCUUCAGAUAUCUGAACACCCUGAGACAUUUGGAACUGAAAGGAAACAAAAUUGCAAGUCUACCGACAGCUGUUUUCGUAAAUCUUACAAAUCUUAAAUAUCUCGACUUGAGCAAUAAUCUGUUAACCUCUAUUGAUUUUAACAUUAGUCAUUUGAAAUCGUUGACCUAUUUGAAUCUAUCAUCCAAUCAAAUCCAAUAUCUAUCUGAUUCAACAAUGGAUGCUUUCGAUCAGCAUUCGGAUCAAGCACCUAUAACGUUAAGCUUUUUGAACAAUCCAUUUCUGUGCGAAUGCAAAACUCUCAAGUUUUUGCACUGGAUGGAUCAAAAAGAGAAUUCUAGUAAAAUUCACAUGAACGAUUUUAAUGAAUACACAUGCAAAAAAGAAGGGACGCUCAUAAAAUUUGUUGACAUUCAACAACAUAUCAAAGAACUGGAAAAGGAGUGUGCCUCUUACAAAACUCUGAUAUUUCUUGUGACAUCCUGUAUCCUCCUCUUCCUCUUCAUUCUGACGACAGGAUUGGUUUACAGGUACAGGUGGAGAUUGCGAUAUUUUUACUACAUGACAAAAAGUCGAUAUCACGGAUAUAAGUCUGUCCGAGGUGAAGACGAGCAAAUGGAUUUCAAAUAUGAUGCAUUUGUUUCGUAUGCCGAUGAAGAUUUAAGUUUUGUCCAGCAAAUGACAUCGAAGUUGGAGGGAGAGAAGGGUAUCCGUUUGUGUAUCCAUCACCGUGAUUUUGUCCCUGGGUACGACAUUGCUGAGAACAUAAUCACCGCCAUCAACAAAAGCAGGAAAACGAUUGUUAUCUUAUCACCAAAUUUCAUCCAAUCCGAUUGGUGUAUGUAUGAACUACAUAUUGCCAAAAUGGAAGAGAUAUAUAAUAGGGACAAUGAGAACGUCUUAUUCCUGAUUUGCUACGAGGAAAUUCCUGCACCGAAGAUUCCGCUUUCCAUCAUGGACGUCAUUCAUCAAAAGUCGUACCUAGAGUUUCCCAAUGAUGAGUAUGGUAACACAGUGUUUUGGAAUAAACUUCAUGCAACUCUUGUAUAGUUGUUCAGCGCUCACUGGUUCCUUUUUUAGUGAGAAUAGAUUUAAUGAAUCUAGAAAAAUUAAGUUGACUGUAUCAGCCCACAAUAUUAACCUUACUUAAGUGUUAUUGUGUUGACUGGAAUAAAGAUAAAACAAGAAAAACAAUACCUGUAAUUAUUCCUUGUUUAUAUUCUAUAUCUGAUAAUCCUUUUGCUUUUUAUUAAAUCUCUUAAGUUCAAUUAAGUAAUAUUCAUAUGUAAUAUAUAAAAUAUGUUAAAUAAUUCUAU